UCCAAUUCUCUUGAAUCACACUUCUUGUGCGACCGUCAUCUUCUGGAAGCCCAUAUCUGGUCCUCCAGCCACUCGAGUACCGGCACACGUGCGCAAUCUCCCCGCCAAAAAGGUGCUGUCGCGGGGACUUGGUCUGAGCCGCGAAGCUCUGCUCUAACACCCACACAGCUAUCGACUUGCUUCCGCGCUUCAAGGAUGUUUUCCCUUGAAGGGAGCCUACGACAAUGAUCCCUCGAAUCCUGCCUCGCGUGCCGCUGGCCUGCCCGCGAUGCAGCGUCGCGAAGGCGCACGUCCUCCCGCCGUGGCUCCCGCAAAGGCCGAUUGCUUCUCUCCAACUCCAACGACCCCUCCGGACUUCGGCAGCGUCUCGCCGUGAGCAAGCGCCGUCGCCUAUUCCCGAAUCGCUGAAACCUUCCCCGACGAGCGCGAAAACAUCUGCGGCUGAGGCGACUUUAGCUGCUACUGCUGCCGCUGCCAAAGAUGCCGCUGCCAAGGGCCCCGCGAAGAAGCCCAAGGCGAACAAUGAUCCUCUUGCGACCGUGGACAAGUCUGCGACGGAGCAGCGCAAGGCCGACUGGGCCAUCAUGAAGGAAAUGUCGCGAUAUCUGUGGCCCAAGGGCGAUGUGGGCACAAAAGUUCGCGUAGGACUGGCAGUCGCUCUUCUGAUCGGCGCAAAGGUCCUCAACGUGCAGGUGCCUUUUUACUUCAAGAGCAUUGUCGACACGAUGAAUAUUGAUAUUGCUGCUGUCGGCGGUACGGCCACGACAGUAGCAGGAGCCAUGAUUCUCGCAUACGGAGCCACAAGGAUAGGCGCUACAUUGUUCCAGGAGCUGCGAAACGCCGUCUUCGCCUCGGUUGCGCAAAAGGCGAUUCGCGGAGUGGCUCGCAAUGUCUUCAACCAUCUUUUGCGGCUUGACUUGAGCUUCCAUCUGUCCAAGCAGACGGGCGGCUUGACGCGGGCCAUGGACCGUGGUACAAAGGGCAUCAGUUUUCUUCUGACUAGCAUGGUCUUCCAUAUUCUCCCGACAGCAUUGGAAAUCAGCAUGGUGUGCGGCAUCCUCACAUGGCAGUAUGGAUUCAAAUUCGCAGCCGUAACGGCGCUGACCAUGGUUGGAUAUACGGCUUUUACCAUCUGGACGACGGCUUGGAGGACAAAGUUUCGCAGACAGGCCAAUGCCGCCGACAAUCGAGCUUCGACGGUGGCCGUGGACUCGCUCAUCAACUACGAGGCUGUCAAGUACUUCAACAACGAGAAAUUCGAGGUUUCGCGCUAUGAUAAGGCUUUGAGAGAAUACGAGAAGAGCUCCAUCAAGGUAGCUACCUCUCUGGCUUUCCUCAACAGUGGUCAAAAUGUCAUCUUUUCUACUGCUUUGACUGCCAUGAUGUACUUUGCAGCUGAGGGAGUCGCCGCGGGAACCUUGACUGUCGGAGAUCUCGUCAUGGUGAACCAGCUAGUCUUCCAGCUAUCCGUCCCUUUGAACUUCCUCGGCUCAGUGUAUCGCGAACUGCGACAGUCGCUCUUGGAUAUGGAGACGCUGUUCAAUUUGCAGAAAGUCAACGUCAACAUUGUGGAAAAGCCAACUGCGAAGCGCCUGGCUCUGAUCAAAGGUGGAGAGAUCAAAUUUGAAAAUGUUAGCUUUGGAUAUCACCCCGAGAGACCCAUCUUGAAAAACUUGACGGUCACUAUUCCCGCUGGAAAGAAGGUUGCCGUUGUUGGUCCCAGUGGCUGCGGUAAAUCUACUCUCCUAAGACUUCUGUUCAGAUACUAUGACGUCCAGGGUGGCCGCAUCCUUAUUGAUGACCAGGAUGUUCGCGACGUCACUGUUGAUUCUUUGCGUCGCGCGAUCGGAGUGGUACCUCAGGAUACCCCUCUCUUCAAUGAUACAGUUGAGCACAACAUCCGCUAUGGUAUGAUUGAUGCUUCUCACGACCAAGUUGUCGCGGUCGCAAAGCGAGCCCGCAUUCACGACAUUAUCGAAAAGUUCCCAGAAGGCUACCAGACCAAGGUUGGUGAGCGAGGCAUGAUGAUCUCUGGUGGCGAGAAGCAGAGACUGGCCAUGAGCAGAUUGCUCCUCAAGGACCCCCCUCUGCUGUUCUUUGACGAGGCAACCAGUGCACUAGAUACGCACACGGAACAGGCCUUGAUGAUGAACAUCAACGGUAUUCUUCGCGAGAAAGGACGCACGAGUGUGUUUGUGGCUCAUAGACUACGUACCAUUUUCGACUCAGACUUGAUUAUUGUGCUCAAAGAGGGGCACGUUGCCGAGAUGGGCACGCAUAGAGAGUUGAUUGACCGCGCGGGUGUUUAUGCCGAGCUCUGGAGUGCUCAAGAAACCAUGUUCAGCGAAGAUGGCAAGGAGACGAAAGAGGCGGAGGAGGAGGCGGAGGAGGAGGAGACUAUUGAAAAGAAGAAUUAGACGUUUGCUUCGACAUUAGAAGGGACGAGGUGGCCGAGCAUCUGUAUGAUGAAUCUUAACAUGCCGGGAUGUGCUCGUAUAUAUGUAUAUGUUAAAAAAAAUAUACCAUAAUAUCUUG